AUGAAGAUGCAGCAGUUCAAGUACUCUGCUAACAUCGGGGACUACCUGACGAGGAUGGAGAUUAUGAACCAGCAUGCCCAGAUGAAAGGGGCAUCCUACCGCGCCGCCUUGCUCCAAGGACUACCAAAUGAAAUGCGGGAGCGCCACUCACGCUUCGACCCAACUGAUGACGACUCCGAGUACAUCCAACAGUUGGAACGAGCCGGUAAGGCUCACGAGGCCUAUCAAGAGCAGAUGAAGAUGUUGGGGAAAGCGGAGUCGAGAGGAAGGGAGUCGAAUAAUGGUGGGAACUCGCGGCAGAAAGAGAAGGGGUUUAAGAUCAAGGGGAGGGCUCAGACUGAGGAGAAAGAAGAGGGGCAAGAUAAGAAGAGCACCAGCAAGAACAAGUCGGGGAAUAAGCCAAUUGUAACGGGGACUGUGGGCGUAGGAACUAUGAAGCCAAGGAAUACAACCGAGGCGAAGACGUGGACGUAG